CGGACCCACGUGAGCGGUGGGGAAACGCAGGGGCGGCUUCUAGGUGCCGCCGCCGCCACCACCGCCGCCGCUGCCGCCUCGGAACCCAGGCCUGGGGGGCGGUGGGGCUGCGUAUGGAGCCCCCGCCCCCCGGAGCUGCCAACGCCGCCACCGCGCCACACACAGGUACUCCUGGGAUGGCGUGAGCGCUCGCCCAGCGAUGGACCCAUCUGUGACACUGUGGCAGUUUCUGCUGCAGCUGCUGAGAGAGCAAGGCAAUGGCCACAUCAUCUCCUGGACCUCACGGGAUGGUGGGGAGUUCAAGCUGGUAGACGCAGAGGAGGUAGCCCGUCUAUGGGGGCUGCGUAAGAACAAGACCAACAUGAAUUACGACAAGCUCAGCCGGGCCUUGCGUUACUACUAUGACAAGAAUAUCAUCCGCAAGGUGAGCGGCCAGAAGUUCGUCUACAAGUUUGUGUCCUAUCCUGAGGUUGCAGGGUGCUCCACAGAGGAUUGUACACCCCAGCCUGAGGUGUCUGUCGCCUCUGCUGUGGCCACUGUGGCCCCCGCUGCUAUACAUGCUGCCCCCGGGGACACUGUGGCUGGAAAGCCAGGCACACCCAAAACUCCAGGAAUAGCGGGCCCAGGCGCUCUGGCACGCAGCAGCCGGAAUGAAUACAUGCGCUCCGGCCUCUAUUCCACCUUCACUAUUCAGUCCUUGCAGCCACAGCCACAGCCACCCCCUCAUCCUCGGCCUGCCUCGGUGCUCCCCAACAUCACCCCUGCAGGAGCAGCAGCGCCCCCCUCAGGCAGCAGGAGCGCCAGUCCAAACCCCUUGGAGGCCUGCCUGGAAGCAGAAGAGGCUGGCCUGCCUCUGCAAGUCAUCCUGACCCCGCCCGAGGCCCCAAACCUGAAAUCGGAAGAACUGAAUGUGGAGCCAGGUCUGGGCCGGCCACUACCCCCAGAAGUGAAAGUGGAGGGGCCCAAGGAAGAGUUGAAAACUGGAGGGGAGGCGGGGUUUGCGCCGGAAACUAUCAAGGGUGAGCCGGAAGUCCCUCCCACGGAGGGCUUGCUGGCGCGGCUGCCCGCAGUCCUUACGGAGUCUACGGCACAGGUGGGCACCCUCUCAGCCUCCACCACCGAGAUCGCUCAGCCGCAGAAGGGCCGAAAGCCCCGGGACCUGGAGCUUCCACUUAGCCCAAGCCUGCUGGGUGGACCAGGACCCGAACGGACUCCAGGAUCAGGAACUGGCUCUGGUCUGCAGGCGCCAGGGCCGGCGCUGACGCCGUCUCUACUACCUACGCAUACAUUGACCCCGGUGCUGCUGACACCCAGCUCGCUGCCCCCAAGCAUUCACUUCUGGAGCACCCUGAGUCCGAUCGCGCCCCGUAGCCCGGCCAAGCUCUCCUUCCAGUUUCCAUCCAGCGGCAGCGCACAGGUGCACAUCCCUUCCAUCAGCGUGGAUGGCCUCUCGACCCCCGUGGUGCUCUCCCCAGGGCCCCAGAAGCCAUGACUGCCACGACCACCCCCUUCUGGGGUCACUCCAUCCAUUCCCCUGAACUUCCCUCCAGCCAGCCAUCUCAAGGAUACACAUUGUUCAGCUGACAAACUUGUACUGUGGUUGUGAUAGGGUGGGGAUUUUUGGGAAGAAGGGUCUCUCACUAACUCGUCCGCUGAAAACACACACUUCUCUCCUUUGUCAGUUCCCCAGUGGCCGCCCUUACGCGUCUCCUACUUUCAGUGGUGGGGCGGUUUAUUUAUUUAUUUUUUGAAGGCCACUGGGAGGAGUCUGACUUAACCUUUUUAGGAGGUGGUUAAGACAUCUCCUCCAUCUCCCCACUUUUUUCCCCAAUACAAGACAAUCGGGGUCUGGCAUGAGAAGGACUUUUCUUUAUUUAUUUCUCAGCCUGCCCUUGGGGAGAUGAGGGAGCUCUGGGGUGUGGGUAAGAGAACUAGUUUAUUUUGUUUUAUUAUUCCUGGCCAUAUCUAAGGGUCCAGGAAGAAUUUAUAUGGUUUACUGGCUUGGAAGCCUUAGUCAAGGAAGAAUCACCCCCUUGGAAUAGGCAUUUCCACCUCCUCCACCUUUCUCUCAGACAGCUUGUCCUUUUCUCAGCCAACAUUUUGGCCAGGGAGGAACAGUUCCCUUUUGUUCUUCUCCCCCGAGAAGCCAUUCCUUUGUCUGCCAAACUCCCUGGGGUCCUGCCUGUUACCUCCCAAUGGAGGGUUUCUUUGGGGGUUGGUCCCCGUCUGGGGGGCCCCUCUAGCCAGUACUCCAGGUCUCCCUGUGUCCCACCCCCUGCCAUUUUGAUAGUAUAAUCUAUUUUUAAAUGGGGCUUUUCAAUAGGGGAAAGGGAGGCAUCUCUUCCUGUAUCUGAUGGGUGGGUGGGUGGGAAGGAAGGGGUUUGGGGGUUAAUCUUCCUGCAGCCCCCAAGUGUUUAUUUUUGAUACCGAACAUGUAUUUUCAGCUCCCUCCCUCCCAGCCCCCCAAUUUCCUGCGGGCGGGUACAAAGGACCCUUUAAGUGUCCCUGGAGUUGGGAGGGAGGAAUGGGGGACAUAAAGCCGGUCUUCUCUAAAUUCUAGGCUAGUGAAUGUGGGUUCAAAAGACUCCUGGGCUCACCUCCUGUCAGCACUGGCCCAGCCCAGGCCUGGAGACCUGAAGGUUGGUGAUUUUGGGGGACGGUGCUACACUCGUCUCCACUGUUUUACUUCCCCAAAAUGGACCUUUUUUUCUAAGAGUCCCAGAGAAUGGGGAAUUGUUCCUGUAAAUAUAUAUUUUUAAAGGUGUUGAUGAA